UCGACCAACGCUUUCCCGCGUGCACACACACACAGACACACACACACGUCAUGACGGUGAAGCUGUUCCGACGCGGUUCGGCACGAUGCAUCGGACUCCUGUCGGCGUUCGUGACGAUCCUGCUCUGCCUGUACUACAUCUCCAUGGGCCAACCGUCGCCGGCCGGAUCGGGCCCGUCCGUUGCGACGGGAAUGGGCGGUCUGCACGGCAAGGAGAUGGCACUAGCGGCGCACCAGAAGCGGUCCAACGGAGCGGGUGGUGUGGGGCAGCAUACGGGCCCGAAUGCAAAUCACUCGUGGCACAGUUGGCUGCGGAACAGCCUCAGCUCGAUCGGUGGUGUGGCUGGCCAGCGGCACCAUCGCAUUCCCGGCUCCGACGGUGAGAACGGACGCGCUGUCGACACGGACGAGUUCGAGGACGGGCCGGGUGGGGACGACGGUGGAGGUGGAGGGCCACUGCCUCGCUUCGGCAGCCGGUGGGACGAGUGCAGCGCACUGCAGGAAGCGGCCACCGACAUCAGCACCGUUGAUGAGUAUGGAAAAUUUGAUUUCCAGCCCGAAUGGAUGAAAACAAAGGAAUACUGGGACAAGGACUUCGAGUCACGCUACGAAAAGCUACAGAAGGAUCCCAAGCGGCCCCCACUGAAGAUUGUCGUCGUGCCGCAUUCCCACAACGAUCCGGGGUGGCUGAAAACUUUCGUCAACUAUUUCCAGUCGGAUUCGCGCCAGAUUCUCAACCUCGCCGUCACGAAAAUGCCCGAGUACGGCAACAUGUCGUUCAUCUGGAGCGAGAUCAGCUUCCUGCAGCUCUGGUGGGACCAGGCGCACCCGACCAAGCAACGGAUAUUGAAGAAACUGGUUCAAUCCGGACGACUGGAGAUCACAACCGGUGGCUGGGUUAUGACGGACGAGGCCAAUGCUCAUCUUUACGCGAUGGUUGAUCAACUUAUUGAAGGCCACCAGUGGGUUAAAUCGAACCUUAACGUAACCCCCAAGACGGGCUGGAGUAUCGAUCCGUUCGGGCAUGGCAGUACCGUUCCGUAUCUUCUGGCCGCUUCCGGGUUCAAGGGAACGAUCAUCCAACGGAUUCACUACGCCUGGAAGCAGUGGUUCGCCCGCCAUCGGUACGGUGAUUUCCUUUGGUCGCCAUACUGGCAAAGCUCGUCGGCGAGCAGUCGAGCGCAUACGAUGCUCACCCACAACAUGCCGUUCGAUAUCUACUCGAUCAAGCACUCGUGCGGGCCGCAUCCGUUCAUCUGUUUGAACUUCGAUUUCCGUAAGAUCCCGGGCGAGUACACGGAGUACUCGAUCAAGGCGCAGUUCAUUACGCCGGAAAACAUCGAAGCCAAGGCGGACCUACUGAUGGAGCAGUACUCCCGUACGGCUUCGCUGUUUCCGCACAACGUCGCCCUCAUCCCGGUCGGCGAUGACUUCCGGUACAACAAGGAGAAAGAGAUGGAGCAGCAGUACACGAACUACAAGAAGCUGAUCGACUACAUCAACGAGCAUCGGUCGCGGUACAACGCGGAGAUCAGCUUCGGGACGCCGGUCGACUACUUUAAUGCGAUCCGGGAGCGGUACGAUCGGUUCCCCACGCUCAAGGGUGACUUUUUCGUGUACGCCGACAUCUUUAACGAGGGCCGACCGGCGUACUGGAGUGGGUACUUUACCACACGCCCGUAUUAUAAGAUCCUGAGCCGCGAGCUCGAGCACAAUCUGCGCAGUCUGGAGAUUCUGUUCACGAUCGCCUUCAACAGGGCGCGGCAGGCGGGCAACUCGAACGCGUUCAAGAUCUACGAGAAAAACUACGAGAAGAUGAUCCUGGCGCGGCGCAACCUUGGCCUAUUCCAGCACCACGACGCCAUCACGGGCACGUCGAAAGCGAACGUGAUGCGUGACUACGCGCUGCGUCUCUUCGAGAGCAUCCAGGAUACGGUGAAACUGCAGGAGAAAACGAUCGAGCUGCUCGUGCAACGUCGCUCGUCGGAGCAGCAACCGCACAGCUUCCUCAUCGGGGAACUCGAGCGGGACAAUUUCGGUAAGCUGCCCCGUAAAACACCCAUCAUCGUGACGGAGGGUCGGAGUACCGAUUUCAUCGUGUACAACGCGCUCGCCCAGGAACGCCUGGAGGUGAUCACGAUCCGUACGCUAACGCCCCGGGUCAAGGUGCUCGAUGCGGGCGGCAAAGCGGUCGACAUCCAGAUCAACCCGGUGUGGAACAUUACCGAAACGUCGUACACGUCGCGCAAGAUCGUCCCCUCGGACAAGGAGUACGAGGUGAUGUUUGUCGCCCGGCUGGCGCCCCUCUCGCUGACGACGUUUACGGCCGCGUACGACGAGGACGGGUACCAGGGCAAGAUGGCCACGCUGUACUGCAACGAGUGUCAGGAUGAGAAGAACAAGGUGUUCGAGGUACGCAACAAGCAGCCGGGCGAUAUCCAGCUGGAGAACUACAAGAUGCGCCUGCUGUUCGACGAGCAGAGCGGAUUCCUCAAGUCCGUCACCAAGAAGAACAUGGGCAAGCAGAUACAGUGUGCGAUCAAGUUUGCGGCGUACAAGAGCGCCCAGUUCCACUCCGGCGCGUACCUGUUCAAGACGGACCCGGAGCAGCGCAACUCGGAGAAGGAUGUGCUGGAGCAGUACGGCGAUCUGACGAUCUUGAUUACGUCGGGCCCGCUGGCCAGUGACGUUACCGCUAUCUACGGUCCGUUCCUAGCGCACACGGUGCGCAUCUACAACUCGAACAGCGUGCUCGACAGUGCGAUCUACAUCGAGAACGACAUAGACUUCGAAGCACCACCGAAGAACCGCGAAACGGAACUGUUUAUGCGCUUCGUCACCGACAUCGAGAAUGGGGCGAGCGAAAACCCGGAGUUUUACUCCGACCUGAACGGAUUCCAGUACCAGAAGCGGGUGAAAGUGUCGGCCAUCGGGGUGGAGGGUAACUACUUCCCGAUCACCUCGGGCGCGUUCAUCCAGGACGAUCGUAUGCGGCUGACGCUGCUGACCACGCACGCCCAGGGAGCGGCCAGUCUGGAACCGGGCCAGCUGGAGGUGAUGCUCGAUCGGCGAACGCUCUACGAUGACUACCGGGGCAUGGGGGAGGGUGUUAUCGAUAGCCGGCUGACGCGACAUCGGUUCUGGUUGGCGCUGGAAACGAUCGAUCCGGUGACGGUGAAACCGGAGGCCGCCGGAUCACCGGAAGCUGCUGCCGCUGCUGCUGCUGCUGAGAACAACAAAGUGGACGAGUAUCAGCUGCCAAGUAUCUUCGCGAACAGCCUCUCGAACGGGCUGAACUAUCCUGCGAACCUGUUCAUCGUAGAACGAUACGACGAGAGUAACCAGAUCGAACUAAACCGGGCCGUCCGACUGCUGCGGGUGCAGUUCCCGUGCGAUCUGCACAUGCUAAAUCUGCGCACGCUCACCGAAAGCAACCUUCCACUGUUCCCCUCCGGCUCGGCACUGCUCGUCCUACAGCGGCAGGGUUACAACUGCCGGAUAGGGGGUGACGAAAUGAUCGGUCACUUCUGUGGCAACGGUACGACCAGCUCGAGCAGUCCAGCGAGCGCAAUUGCGCAGGAUGGUGGUGGAGGUGGAAGAGAUGGUGGUGGUGGUGGUGGUGAUCCCAAUACCAACGCCAUCGACCGUCAACCCAUGUCGGACGAACGAAGGCAACUGCAACUAUUCCGACGGUUACGGAUCGAAUCGAUCGAAGCGACCUCGCUGACCGGCCUACAUCCCGGUGCGAGACUUAGCUCGUACACGGACAUCUUCCUCGAACCGAUGGAGCUUAAGACGUACAAUCUAACGUUUGUGAAGUGAACAGAGCGAGAAACCGGAAACUAGAGAGAAAUCCAACCACGACUCAUUCCAAGCAUUCCA